GUGCAGGCGCUGGGUAGAGCGAGUGCUCUGAGGACUCCCUCCUAUAGAUACAGAGCUGGGCUCCACACGCAGAGAGAGGGGAUCUGGGCACACAGAGGAAUCAGGCUGCAAGCUUUCACACUGUGCACCAUACAUUCACAACUUGAGUGAAAGGAGCUGCAUUCUCUCUGAAAAGAUAUAGGAGAGGAUGCCUUUAGGAGAGAUGGACAAAGCAUGGAAAAAGAAAGAGGAAAUUAAAGUGGCGUACGAGUUCAAAGAAGUCCUGGGAACGGGUGCCUUCUCUGAAGUGGUCCUUGCUGAGGAAAAGCGGACUCAGAAACUGGUCGCAAUUAAGUGUAUCCCCAAGAAAGCCCUGGAGGGGAAGGAGAACAGCAUUGAGAAUGAGAUUGCUGUCCUUCGGAAAAUCAAACAUCCAAACAUUGUGUCACUGGAAGAUAUUUAUGAAAGUCCAACACAUCUUUACUUGGUGAUGCAACUUGUGUCUGGUGGAGAGCUGUUUGACAGGAUAGUGGAUAAGGGCUUCUAUACAGAGAAAGACGCCAGUAUGUUGAUCCAACAAAUCCUGGAUGCUGUCACGUACCUGCAUGAGCUGGGCAUUGUACACAGAGACCUGAAGCCAGAGAACCUGCUGUACUACAGCGUUGAUGAAGAUUCCAAAAUAAUGAUCAGUGACUUUGGCCUGUCGAAAAUUGAGGGCACUGGUAGUGUGAUGUCCACAGCAUGUGGUACCCCAGGAUAUGUGGCUCCAGAGGUUUUGGCUCAGAAACCUUACAGUAAAGCAGUUGACUGCUGGUCCAUAGGAGUCAUCUCUUAUAUUUUGUUGUGUGGUUAUCCUCCAUUUUACGAUGAAAAUGAUGCAAAGCUCUUUGAGCAGAUUCUAAAGGCCGAAUAUGAAUUUGAUUCUCCAUAUUGGGAUGAUAUUUCAGACUCAGCGAAAGACUUUAUUCAACAUUUGAUGGAAAAAGAUCCAAACAAGCGCUAUACCUGUGACCAAGCCUUGCAGCAUCCAUGGAUUGCUGGUGAUACUGCAUUAGAUAAGAACAUCCACGAGUCUGUCAGUGCCCAAAUCAAAAAGAACUUUGCAAAAAGUAAAUGGAAGCAAGCUUUUAAUGCCACAGCUGUGAUACGUCACAUGAGGAAACUGCAGUUGGGCACCAGUCAGGAGGGGUCAGUGCAGAAUACACCAACCAGUCCAUGCCAUGGGACACUGCUGGUGCCAGGGGGAGAUUCAAAAAAUGGUUCACCCUGUGAUGAAUGCCCUCUUCCCUCCUCGCCACAUUCUCAAGUGCAAAUGGAGCAAAACUUGCUGACCAACCAUUCUCACAGUUGCCACUACUCUAACCGGGUCUGAGUGCAAAUGGAGACCAUCAACGUACCGGUUAUUCAUGACAUAGCCUGGGCUCAGAAGCAGUUUUUAUUUUAAAUGUAACAAUCAUUCCAUUCUCAGCACAGCUUACCCAAAAGCCUGUGCUUGGGGCCCCCUCUAAAUGCUCUUAAACUUUGCCAUUCCUCAGAAUGUUGAGCCAGUGAACCAAUCCCUGUGAUGUGAUUAUUGCUUCUGGGUGAGAGGGGUGGGCAUACUACGGGCAAGCAAACAGUGCAAGUGACAUGCAGGAGCAAUAAGACUCGAUCAUGGCUUGCAUUUUAAAUUCCACGCCUGGAACCCAAUUACUUGCAAAACAGGGUGAUGGUAUAGAAUACACAUCGAGGUCAAAUCUUUGUGACAGCAGAGACAGGGUUUCUAAAUAUUUUAAAUAUUUUAAAAUUCCAAUUAAGAUAUUUUUAAGUCGAUAAAAAAAUUCAAUUAAGAAGGGGCUCAAUGAAUUGAAAUAUUGAAAUCCAGGUGAAUUUGACCCUGCAUUCUCUUCCUUUUUAGCCUGAGACAGGGUUUCUAAAUAUUUUAAAUAUUUUUAAAUUCCAAUUAAGAUAUUUUUAAGUCGAUAAAAAAAUUCAAUUAAGAACGGGCUCAAUGAAUUGAAAUAUUGAAAUCCAGAUGAAUUUGACCCUGCAUUCUCUUCCUUUUUAUGAUAACCCAUCUUAUCGAUUACUGCUGUUUUAAUGUUGCUGAUACUUUGAACACCAUCCCUGAUAUCGAAAGAGGAUUGGUCCAAGUGUCAUAAAAAGUGUCACACAGGUUUGACCUGAUAUUGAGGCUGUGUUUAGUGUGUGUGUGUGUGUGUAUAUGUAUAUACAUAUAAUGAAUUUACUCAAAUUAUGUCUUGUAUUGGGACCAAGCCCCAUUCACAUUGGCAUCUGGAUGCCUGUGUCAGUUGAGUUUGCAGAUUAAUUAAUAUGGACUGUCACAAAAUGAUCUGUGACUGUCUCGAGAUCACACCUUAUCUUUUUUAAAAUCUUAAACCCAGAUGGUGAUGGGAUUAACCUCACUUUGUACUUAAUUGAAAUGCAUCAUGGACCUCUGCUGCGGGAGCCAGAAUGUUUUGUGAUAAAUGGAUAGCUUUGAAGUUGAGCUUCUAGGGCUCCCACAAAGCAAGGAGUUGUUUAAACAAGUUGCAUAAAAUUGUGCUGCUCUGGGAAUUAUUCAGACUUGCCAACCAGUACUAUUUGAUUAACUCAGCGAAUUUUUUCAGUAGAAUUAUUUUAGACAGAAAACGUGUGGCUUUUAUUAGACCAUUUGUACAUUUUUACUUUGUUUUGGUGGAUCUUCAGUAGUUACUCAUUUAAGAAUGCUGAUUGGCUGAAACACUUUCAGCUAAAUGGUGGACAAGGUACUGAGAAUGUGAGUGGCUGCCAUUGAGCCCCUGGAUUUUCAUCAGCUCCUUGUAACGUCAGAGAUGAGGGAGAGGUUAACUUCAUCAGAUUACAUAUGGACAUCAGUGAAGUUUAUUCCAUUUUGUUUUUAAUUAUUUGAUAUUUUCUUGCAGGACAAUUAAAACGUUCUUAAAACUAGAUGACCUUUAGCCUCUGGAAUAUUUUAACAUUAUUUACUGCAGUUUUAAUUCUAGUCAGUUGAUGAAAUUGCACACUAGCAGGUUUGAAAUGCCAAGAAGGGCUAAUUAGUCAUAGAGUUGCACAGGGAAAAAAAAAACCUCUUUUAACUUCCUGUCCCAAUUGGUACUUACAAGCACACAAUAUGGUGUGAAGUGGAAUUAAUAUUUCCUACUCUCUCAGCAGGAUCAGACGUAGAGAUUUAGAGGUGUAAGUGGAAUUAAUAUUUCCUACUAUCUUAGCAGAAUCAGAUAUAAAGAAGUAGACAUCUAUUUUUGUGAAGGUUUUCAUUCAUGGCUUCCUCAAUUCCUCGAUUUACUCAAAGACACUUAUUUUCCUUCCAAAAUCUUUCCGGAGAGUGCAGUGCAGUGCAGUCUUUCUGGAAGAUGCUUCUGCUGACAUUGUCUCCUCUGGUCUGUGAUAUAGUUACAAAUUAGUGAAUCAGAUAUUUCCCAUGAUGGUGAUUCACAUUCCAUGAUGUGUCUCGGUUGGUGGAUCUGAAGAGCCCGCUGUCAGAGUAACACUGGGACCAUCUGUUAACAUCAAUACAACUACAAGUACACACAAGGUUAAAGAGCCCAAUGCACUUUAUGUUUAGAACUUUAUAAUUCUAACAAACCCAAGUUCAAUCCCCUUCAUGGAUUAACAGGGUAAAUUGAGUUUUCACUACAGCAGAGAGCUUGUUUUUAAGAAUGGGGAAAGUCUCUGUGAAUAUUGGAAGAUUCUCUUUUUAAAUUUGAAUUGUGUUUUAAAAUCCAUAAAUUCAGGAGCUUCUUUAAACUUGCAGGCCUAGGUUGGCACUCAACAACACUGUCAUUGUGACUCAGUUGGACUUCAGGUAAAACGCUAGCCACACACGAACCCGCCUCAACAAUAUGUUUUUCACCAUAUUGCUUUCCCGCAGUGCCCAGGAGCAAAGAUGAAUAAGGAAUUUUCCAUCCAUUAAAAGAAAAAUGUCAAAUACAGUUUGUUUAGAAUUAAAUCUGAGAAACAGUUUUACGUAUGUGUCGCACUAACCUGCUAGGACUCUAAUUAGAUGAAAUGCAAAACAAACAAAAACAGAAAAUGCUGAAGAAACUCAGGUCUGGUAUCAUCUGUGAAGACAGAAGCAGAGAUAAUGUUUCAAGUCCAGUUGCCCCACAUCAGAAAGUGAAAUAUUAAUUUUAUUCUUGAGAGAUGCCCUUGCUCUAUAUUUAAAUGAGCUGUUUACAUUUUCUGGUUAUCUAACGUUAACCAAUUCUUCAUGACCAUAGACAACCAUCAGAUGAUUAUGGAAAUAAACACUUUUCUCACUUAAGUUUAAGAGAAAACAAUUAAAUACUUGUAAUGCACACUCUGAAUGUGUGCUACCGUAAGUAUUUACCUGAAGGAAGUCCUAAUGUUUCAGAAUGUUUGACGUUCAAUGGAUUAUUUAACAGGCUAAUGUCCCUCAACUAGCCAACAAACUAAGUUGAAGUUUGGUAAUGCCCCACAUGAUGUGUAGUGCUGGCAUGAGAUAGAUGUUUGGAGAUUCUGAUUAAUACUGAAACUUGAACUGUAGAUCCUAGCAGUAGUCGGAUCAAGUACUAAAAUAUUCAUUGACAAACUUUGGACUCUUAGAACUGAUAUUGUAAUAUGAGCUUCAUUAAAUUCCUUACCCAUAUUAAAAUUGGAUUUUAAAAUAUCUUUGAUUUUUGUCCUGGCUAUGUACUUAGUUUCAAACAAAUGCAGUGUGAUUGUUGGAACCAGUUAAAUGUUCAGUUAGCCACUGGCUACUAGCAUAUCCAUGCCAACAGUUCAGUAGCUUAUAGAACCUUUUCAAUGUAGUGGGUACUCUGACGUCUUUUGGUAGCAGCUAUUAGUGUGAUGAGCCAACAAGACAAAGGUAGUUCUUCUUCCCAUUCCUUCUGGUUCCAUCAUUACAUUCACUUCUGUAAUGUAAGGAAGUUAUGAUUUAUUUGGAUAAUUUACCGCUGUAAAAAUCAAGAAGGCUCCAAGAAGAAAUCUGAGAUUGGAAAGAGUUUUUUCCUAGCAUGUGCUUCGAGCUUACCAAUUCUGUAGCUUUACUGAAAGAUAUAUUUUGUGUAAUCUUGAAUAUAUGCUGAGAUAGCUGACAUUUCCCCUUUUCCUUUGUUGAGAGAGAAUGUAUAACUUGAUGGAAAGAUGUCUUGUAGCACUCUCGGCUAAGAAGCGUUGAUUCUGUUUCACAUCAACAUCAAAACCUUGGACAUCAGUAGUUAGGAUACUUUGGAUCUCCCAUUUCAGUCAUGAUUUAUCCUGCCUUUCUUUUGAUAGAUUGCAGUCAUGGUAUGAGCUUCAAGUUAUGCGCCAGUAAUCAAAUAUCUGUAUUCGAGUGAUUUCUGGACAUAAAAUGAGGUUUUAAAUUGUGUGAAAUUGUUAUAGUAUUUGAUUUUGUGGUAGACUUUAAAUUUCCAAAAAAAUUAAACUUAAGAGUUGUAAUGCUGGAAACCUGAAAUAAAAGUGAAACGUUCUGAACAUAUGCCACUUGCAUCUGUCAUAGGAAAACAUUGAUUCAUGUUUCUGUUUAAGAUUUUUCUUCAGAGGUCAGUGUUAGUGUCUGGAAAGACUUUAUGCCUGGAAUAUUAAUCAGACUUUUCAGUUCUAAUGGCUGUGCUGUGUAGUUUCUGUUAGGCCUGAUGGUUGUUAAGAAUUAAAGACUAUAAACUGUAAAUUCAUGUUCUUCUCCAGCCCGGUAUUUCCAUACUCUGCUGACCUGUUUCUCUUUAUGACUUACCAACAUUGUGGACCAGUCGAUUUUGAGUUGGAUAACCAGAAUUUUCUUAAUAUCAAUUGGGCAAUAAAAGUACCUUUUUUAUUUGCUUUUCCUUUUAUUUUCAGUUCCAGGAUAUAAGCUGGUGAGUACAAGAUUUAGUGCCCAUUGCUAGUUCCCCUAAGCAGUUAGUGUUGAGAUUUGAGUUUCAGUAGAUUUGAUAUCGCCAUGUCAGCAAACAGAUUGUUAAGGAUCUAGAAUCCCAUGCCCGGCCUGACUGGUUAAGGGGAGCAGGUGUCUGUCUCUAAAAGACUUUACUUGAACCAGCUGUGUUUCUGUGACAAUUUGAUAGCUUUGUGAUUCUCCUGCCCUCUUUUCAUUUAAAGGUUUUUUGUAAGAUUAAUUUGAAAUGUUGAAAUAGCAGUUUUUGAACUUGUGUUCUCUAGCGUGCAUAGCCACUGCAUUACUUUGUGUAUCCCUUGUGUGUUCUGACUUAGGAACUUUGAUUAUUCAGAAUUAGCAAAGCAAACAUAUGAAUUCAGAUCCAUCCCACCCCUGUCAUAUCUUGUCCUAUGAUGUUUGGAAGACUGGGUCAACUUGGACAAAGCUUCAGUGAAAGAAAUGGCUAAGAUACCACUUUUAUCCCAAAUUAACUAAACUAUUGUUACAGAAAUGGAGGGUGACAUUUCACCUAUAUUCUCACCUCUCCAUUGUCCACAAUAAUGCAUAUAUUUGUCAGAGUAUUGUAGAGAUUCUUUACUUUAAAAAAAAGAUAAGAGAUAAGUAAGUUUAAAAGAAAAGCAUUUAUUCGUACAACAGAAUGUAAACUCAAUGAGAAACACUCUCAUACAGGCAGAUACGCGCACACAUGUAGGGAUGGAUUCUGGAAAUUGAAUAAUGAAAUUUAAUUGUUCAUGGAAUAAUAGGAGGUAAAUCAUGUUGAUAAAUAAACCUUUAGGAUACAUGCAUUGCAGGUCUGGAUGAGUUUCCUCUUGUGGUUCUUUGGAGAAGAUCGGAAGUUAGAAGCAUUGUAGAUGAGGUUAUUGCCAUUUUAAUGGAGAUGAACCUUUUCUGGCAAAAACGUUUUAGUCCCAUCCAUUCUCCAGUUGUUAAGCAGGAUUCACAUCCUCUAGUUGAAGGGAUAGUCCAUCCUUUCCUGAUUUUUAUCCAGCUUGUCCUGAUUUUGCCUUUUCCUUUGGAGUAUUAAGAAUUGUUACCUGAAUUCCAUUUUGAUUAUGUAACCACAUGGUCAUUACUUCAAUUUCAUCACAGAAUUCAUACAGCCCAGAAGUGUUGGUGAACAAAUAUUUCCUAUGAUGUAUCAAAUGUCUUUUAAAAAUGACUCAAUGUCAGAAACCAACACUUUUUUUUUGUGCCUCUCUUUGUUAAUGGUUGAGCCCAUGGGCGUUUUUUUUUGGGUUGCGGUGUUGCUACUGAUUUUGAGAUUUGGUGAAUACAAAUGUAGCUGUAAAUUCCAAAAUUAGUUUUGUCUCCUAUAUGCCAUCUACGGUCAUUUUACAUUGAGAAGUUUCUGGAAAACCUAAGGCACUUCUUUGUCUAUGCAGUAAUUUCAAGAGUCACCUGAUUCUCAGUGGCCAUGUUUACAGCAAUGUUCAUUUUUAAAGCCAAUUUCAAAAAGUCCACAUUUAGGAAGAUUAUACAGUGACUGGACAAGACACUAUCAAAGGUGUGACUUGGCUAUGUGUUCAAGUUUUGAGUGCCAUGUCUGCCUCAGGCCCACAGCUAUUCUGCAGGGUUAAGUCAUUACUAGAAAUGCAACAGUAUUAUUCCGCAAACCACUGUUGUUCUUCAGCAAGUCUUGAUUACAGUACAUUUCAGACACUAGCAUCAUCCUGUUGGAAAAUGUUGGAAGUCAAUGGUUUAGCAUCGCAAGAAAGAUUUAAAAAAAAAGUUGAGUAAUUGAAAUCCAGCUUUGAGUCGCACUUUCCAAACUUAAAAGAAAACAAAGGUGCAGUUUGUAACAACAGAUGUCAGGAAGAAUAAAGCAACUUAUUUGAAGAAAAGAAUGAAGCAGCUUGUUCUAAUUGCCCUGCAGCCACUGUAACUGGUGGAUCACAGUUCCUCGCCUGAUUCAGCCCUGUAGUAAAUCAUGGGUAGUCAGAAUAAUGGCAAGAUGCCAGCUGGCAGCAGGAAGUGCCUGCCCACCACAGUUCCUGCCUCAUAUCAAGACCAUUGAAUCCCUUUGCAUUUAAUACAGUAAGGAAACCAAAACAGUGGUAAACGUCAAUUCAAUUACAUGUCGUGAGGAUGAGGUGGAACAAUACUCUGAAAGAUCAAUUCAAGAGAGGAAAUAGCGAUGGUUAAAUGAAUGUAUUAUCCAUUUCUUCAACAAGAAGAUAAUACAUUGCCCAACAUUAAGAACUUAAAAUAUUUUUAGUUGUUUACACAAGGAUUGAGCAUGAUUUUAAUGUGGAAUCUAAAGACUGUCUGACCCUUCUGAGUUUUGUUUCCCUUUGAGUUAUUGUUAAUGACUAGCAUUUGUGUUGACGCAAUACACGUGAAAGAAUAUCCCACUAUACCAAAUGGGCACCAAAAUAUUCACCAUUCCCUUCGCAUUAAGGUAGCUCCUCUGUAUAGACCAGUUGUGUUGUGUUAUGUUGAAUAGAAGAGUUGUGUCUAACAAUAUAAUUGUGUGGAAUGGUUUUGCUGACAAUCAAUUGUUUGUAU